CACAAACAAACUGUGUGCCAUGUUGUAUACAUGCAAAGUUCAGAUGUGCAUUAUUCAGUUGGGAAGUAUCAGGACAAAACCUCGUGUAGCUGUAAAGGAAAACCGCGCUUUAGAUGAAGCUCUGAGGAUUUGGAAGUAAAAGAAGAAGAACAGCUUUGCCCUGUUGACACUGCAGACACUUUGGGUUUGUCCCGCAGUCAGCAUGGAGCUGUCACCCGCUCCUCCAGGACUGCAUGCAGAGUAUGCAGAGCUCUUCAGCACUGACUGCCUCUAUUUUCUGGGUGAGCUGAUCUCCACCUUCGAUGAGGAUGUGGAUCAGAUCCUGCAGCUCAGAGCAUCCAGAAAGGUUCAGCUGGAUCUGUCUGGGGACCUCCCAAACUUCCUGGAGAGCACUGCGCACAUUAGGGCAGACACUUCCUGGGGGGUGCUGCCUGUCCCCCCCAGACUCCAGAAGAGACAUGUGGAUGUUGGAGACACGGCCCCCUGUGAUACUCAGCGCUUCAUCAGGGCUCUGCAGUCUACUGCUCAAGGCAUACAGGUAGAUUUUGAUGAUGGAAACUGCCCCACAUUUUACAACCAGAUCAAGGGCAUCCACACCGUGGUGCAGGCGGUAAGGAGCCUGCUGCCGGACGUUCCUCACAUCUCUGAAGCCCCCGUGCUGAUGCUCCGCCCCCGCGCCUGGAACAUGGUGGAACACAACAUGAUGGUUGGGGGGAAAGAGGUUCCUGGUCCCCUCUUUGACUUUGGGCUGCUCAUGUUUCACUGUGGGAUGACUCUAUUCCAGAACCAGAGUGGACCCUUCUUCUACCUGUCAAAAGUGGAGAGCUUCCUGGAGGCCAGACUUUGGAACAAGAUCUUUCUGUGGACUCAGCAGAAGCUGGGUCUUCCUGCAGGCAGCAUCAAGGCUACAGUGCUGAUUGAGAACGUACUGGCUGCCUUUGAGAUGGAUGAGAUUCUGUUUGAGCUGCGAGAACAUUCAGCAGGCCUCAACUGUGGCAUCUGGGAUUACUCCGCCUCUUUUGUUAACAAGUUUGGUCACCGCCGGACUUUCCUGCUCCCCGAUCGCAGUAAAUACGUCAACAUGGAGAAGCAUUUCCUGCGCAGCUACAUGGAUUUACUGGUGAAGACAUGCCAUCAGCGGGGGGCACUGGCCACAGGGGGAAUGGCUGCUGCUCUGCUGCCACAGGACCUCCUCUCCGGCCCCCAUAGGGAUGUGCUGGCUGCAGUAAGGAGGUUGAAGCUGCUGGAGAUCCAUGCCGGUGUGGAUGGUUUCAUGGUGUAUGAUCUGAACCUGGUUGGACCCAUGCAGGAGCUCUUCCAGAUCCACACUGAGGGGAAGAACCAGCUGCAUGUGUUGCGGGAGGACGUUUGUGUGACUGCAGAGGACCUCCUGUGCAUGCCUGCGGGAGGGGUCACCCUUUAUGGUCUGAAGCACAACAUCUCAGUUGGGAUCCUCUUCAUCAAUGCCUGGUUAUCAGGUAAAGGACACUUCUUCUACAGAGGUCAGGUGGAAGACUCUGCCACAGCUGAGAUCUCCAGGUCACAGGUGUGGCAGUGGAUCCGCCAUCAGACCUGGCUGGAGGAUGGCAGCAGGGUCGUGAACAGGCGUCUGGUGAAAGAGCUCAUCCAGGAGCUGCUGGUGGAGCUUAGUGCUGUAUGCCACUCCGUCAGGUCUAAGCAAAGGCUGAACACGGCAGCAGACAUGUUCCUGGAGGUGGUUCUUCAAAGAAACUUUCCGGAGUUCCUCACAUCCUACCUGAACCAGGAUCACACAUUCCUGAGCUGGCAAAGCACUGAACUGGAGUCUGCUCUGCAGCCAUCCAAACUGUGACGUUUAAACAUUUAGAGUACUCUGGAGAAAUCUGUCCAGAUUAUUCAGGACAUGAAUGUUGUAAAGUAUCUCUAACUAAACUCCAACUAAAGCAGUUGGAUUGUCAUUAAAUUGGUUCAGUUCAGUUCAGUUCAGUUGUCUCAGUUGGGUUCAAUCUGAGGAAGACUUUAGAUUCAGAAUCAAGGUCCAAGGGUUUGGAGGAAGACUGGUGAGGAGCAGAAUCCAAGCUGCUGGAGGUCCAGAGUGAAGGUCCAGAGGAUUUGGGCUGCAAUGUCCAGCGCUAGUGUUGGUAAAUUCUGCUUUCUUCUAGCAGAAUGUUCUAGAGGACUUCAGGAUUCCUUCUGCUGAGGAUCUGGAUGGAGAUUCAGAUUUCUUCUACCAGUAGGACCUGGGCCCUUCCCAUACUGUUGAAGUAUUGAAGAUGGAUAGAUCAUUUUGAGAAUACUUUGUUUGAAAUAAUUUGAUGUGAUCAUAAUCUCUGUCUUUAUCUUUCUCCAAAAACUGAAAAGUAAAUGGUUAUUUCUCCA